CUCUGGAGUCCUUUUGCAUACAUUUUUCAAAUGAUAAUUCACUCUACCCAACCCCCUUUUCCACCCUCCCCACCCCCAAGGCCGAUUUAUUGAAAAAAGCACCUUAUAUGGUAAUAUUGCUAACACACCGUCAGCUGGCCUUUUUAGGGACUCUGUUUAAAGAAGAUCCGCCUCUGGGGUUUUAUAUUGCUCUGGUAUUUAUGCCAAAGACACACCAGCCCUCAGUCACUGGGAGAAGGACCUCUCCUACACUUGGUGCUCCAGCCCCUGGUUCACUCGGCCACACUCACCAUGUGUGAAGAAGAGACCACCGCGCUCGUGUGUGACAAUGGCUCUGGCCUGUGCAAAGCUGGCUUCGCAGGAGAUGACGCCCCCCGCGCCGUCUUUCCUUCCAUUGUGGGCCGCCCUCGUCACCAGGGUGUGAUGGUGGGAAUGGGCCAGAAAGACAGCUAUGUUGGGGAUGAAGCUCAGAGCAAGCGCGGGAUCCUUACUCUCAAAUACCCCAUUGAACACGGCAUCAUCACUAACUGGGAUGACAUGGAGAAGAUCUGGCACCACUCCUUCUACAAUGAGCUGCGGGUCGCCCCCGAGGAACACCCCACCCUGCUCACGGAGGCCCCUCUGAAUCCCAAGGCCAACAGGGAGAAGAUGACCCAGAUCAUGUUUGAAACCUUCAACGUCCCUGCCAUGUACGUCGCCAUUCAAGCUGUGCUCUCCCUCUAUGCUUCUGGCCGCACAACGGGCAUUGUCCUGGAUUCAGGGGACGGUGUCACCCACAAUGUUCCUAUCUAUGAGGGCUAUGCACUGCCUCAUGCCAUCAUGCGCCUUGACCUGGCUGGCCGCGACCUCACGGACUACCUCAUGAAGAUCCUCACAGAGAGAGGCUAUUCCUUUGUGACCACAGCCGAGCGAGAAAUUGUGCGAGACAUCAAGGAAAAGCUGUGCUACGUGGCUCUGGACUUCGAGAAUGAGAUGGCCACGGCAGCCUCCUCUUCGUCCCUGGAGAAGAGCUACGAGCUGCCAGAUGGGCAGGUCAUCACCAUUGGCAAUGAGCGCUUCCGCUGCCCGGAGACCCUCUUCCAGCCCUCGUUCAUUGGCAUGGAGUCAGCUGGAAUUCAUGAAACAACCUACAAUUCCAUCAUGAAAUGUGACAUUGACAUCCGCAAGGAUUUAUACGCCAACAAUGUCCUCUCCGGGGGUACCACCAUGUACCCCGGCAUUGCCGACAGAAUGCAGAAGGAGAUCACAGCCCUGGCCCCCAGUACCAUGAAGAUCAAGGUGGGUGCUACCCUGGCUCCCCUCGUCCUAUUCUUUGUCCAAGUCAGGCUGCCAGGCCUACAGCUUGGUGGUUGCCUUUAUCCUGGUCUGAGGCAGAUUUCAUCUUGUGGGGGAGUAUGUUCCUGGGACCCUGAACAGGAGAUACAUUUAUCCUGGGCUCUUAAGCACAAUCUCAUGGACACUGUGUGAGAAGGAGAUAAAAUGAGUUUGAAAUGGAGAGAAUGGGUUGAGAAGGAAAUGAGGAGGUUAAAGAGGGAAAGGAAAGGAGGAGGCAACACCACACCAUCUUUAAACUUUAAAAAGGACCUGGGAAACCUUUUUAAGGUGAAAGUUCCAGAGAGAGAAUGUUGACUGUCGGACAGGCCACAGGGACACUCCUCGAUUCCUGGACAGCCUCUGACCUGUUGUCCCAUCUCGGCCACAGCCCUCAUACACUGCUUCUCCCCUCAUAGGCCUCCUCAGCACAGGAGCCCAGCUGUCUUACCACCCCUCCCCAGCCUCUGGUCCCCAAGCAAUCAGACAGACCCUUUCAGGAUUUCUAGGAACUGUUUUGCUAGCAGGGUUAGAAAAAGAUAGGUGCCAAAGAGAGAUAACAAAUAGGUUGAAAGUUACAGAGUCUCAGGAUAAAGUUGGCCUCUGAGCUGAGGAAGUGUGUUCUAUAUGUUAGUAUUCUAAGAACCUUUUCCACAAAGGCCUCCCUGCCCAGGGAAGCAGAAUGGGCCACAGGAAAACAGAUGAGCAUCUACAAGCUCUUCUCACCAGGAACCACUGGAGCAGUCAUGUUUAUUGAGGCCUGCCGUAUGGUGGGCACUGUGCCAGGCCUUGGGCAGUGGUUUUUUACUAAGACCAUGUGUCAGGAUAUCAGACCUAGCCUCACCCCCAGAUUCCUGUUCAACAGAUAUGGGGUACCACCAUCACCUACACUGACAAACAGACACCAGUGAUUUGAUGCAUAUCCCAAUUUAUGAGCCAAGGUCCUGAGUUUAAUAACAUGGCCAGCUGUUCAGGAGUUUAAGAUCUGAUUAUUAGACAUGCUUAAUGGGAGAACAGCUUAAAUAAGACCAGAGGAAGGGAAAGGACAUGGCAGGCAGGGGGAGGAGCGUGAGUGAAGGUACCCAAGGGUGUGUGCAUGUACAAACUCCCCAGCCAAAUUGGACAGCAAGAUGUGUAGGGGAGAUGAGGCAAGCUCUAGAAUAUGGAAGAAGAGAGUAGGGUGGAAAUGGGGCCGAGAUGUAGGGCCUCCAGCCCAAGACAGCCCAGAGUUUUCUUACAAAUAGAGCUGCCCAGCAAUAAAAUCCAUUACCUUCUUAGUGGCUGUGCCAGUCCUUGAGGUGUCUGUCAAAGGAGCCCCGGGGUGACUUUUGUCUGCGUGAAAAAGAUAACUUCUAAAGACCCUACUUAUUCUGUAAUUCCAUGAUCUCUGCAAUUUAGGAAAUAUGGAGGGAGAUCCUUAGGAGACCAGAAAGAAAUCUGUUUCACAUCUGGCUUGUUCUAGCAUUGGAUUCUUAGUCCCUUCAGAAACAGGAAUUAGUUGAAAAGCUAUAGUCCUUUUGGAUCCACUUUUGGUGAAGUUCAAAGUUGUCUGACAUGGCAACGAAUUUCUAAAGGCCAAGCUCAGGAAUCCCAGGGGCAUGUAUGAAUUUGAGAACUUCUCAGAUACAAGAGACUAUUGAGUAGACUGGCUUAUUCUCCAGAAAGGAGGAAUCCCAGCCCAAGAUGCCCAUGCAUCCAGGCAAGAACAGAACAGCACUCCCCUUAUAGAUGUUUGUAUUAGUUAGCUAUUGCUGGGUAACAGCAACUGUGAAAUGUUAGGUCACAUAACAAUAAGCAUUUAUUGUUCAUGCAUCUGCAGGUCAGCUGGGAGUCAGUUGUUUUGGGUCAAGUUUGGCUAGGCAGUUCUGCAGGUCUAGCCAACUCAGGUCAGGGGCACAUUCUCUCACUGUGGGGCUCAGGCUAAAGGGCCAGUAGCUCUUUAAGGGAAGUUCUUCUCGUGAAGAUAGCAGAGACACAAAAGAGUGUGCCCACUUGCAUGACUGAAGCACAUUUUGGGCCACUAUGUCAAGUCUGCUGAUAUCCCAUCGGCCAAAGCAGACAGGGCCCAGCCCAUUCUUCUCAUGGAGUGGCAGGGGAAUGAAGUGGGAGGGAGGCUGACAAUCUGAGCAAUAGUCUGAUCUACCACAAGGUUUCUCCUAGUUCCUUUCUGACCACAGAGGCUGUCCGUUCCCAGGGCAGUCUGGCAGUAUGACGAGAUGAUUCCUGGACCACCUUCCCUAUACCUUGGCAACUGACCAUGAUUCACCACAUUUGCUCUUUGCAGAUUAUUGCUCCCCCAGAGCGGAAGUACUCAGUCUGGAUCGGAGGCUCCAUCCUGGCCUCUCUCUCCAC